AUGGCACUUGCGCUCCGUCGGUCAUCCCAGGAGUCACCCAGCAGCCAUCCUGUUCCUCGACACUUGGCGGCGGGGCUGCUGGCCGUCUCCUCUGCCGCAGCACUGGCGCUCACCGCCCUGCCUUUCAAUGCCUUGGCGGUGUCGGGCGGCGGAGGAGUGUCCGAGUCCCUUGCGGGCAAGGACCUUACGGGCAAGGACUUGCGCAAGCUGAAGCUCACUAAGGCAAACCUGCGACAGACCAACUUCACUGACGCCAACCUGGAGGGCGUUUCUCUGUUUGGCAGCCUCAGUGAGAGCGCCAUCUUCCGGGGUGCCAACCUGCGCAAUGCCGACCUGGAGAGCGGCAACUACGAGUUUGCGGACUUCACGAAUGCGGUGCUGGAGGGAGCCUUUGUCAACAAUGCCCAGUUCGUUAAAGUGACCAUCACGGGCUCCGACUGGACGGAUGUGGUGCUACGCAAGGAUGUUCAGAAGGAGCUGUGCGCCAUUGCGGAUGGAGUCAACCCCACCACCGGCGUUAGCACCCGAGAGAGCUUGCUGUGCCCUUAGGUUGGGGAAAGGGUGCAUAUACGAGGGGCAGGAAGUGGUAGGGUGACAGAUUGAGUGAUCAGGUUUUGGCCGCGGAGGCGGUUUAGUGGGAGGUGUGCAGCGAGGUUUCCGGUUUAGUGGGAGGUGUGCAGCGAGGUUUGCGUGGAGGAGUGAAUUUUGGAGUCGUGCAUCAAAGAUAGACGAAGAAUUGGUAUAUGUUUGGAGGUGGCUGCGGUGCGGUUUUUGGGCAUAUUUUAUUUUUGUCUGCCGUGAUAUCUCAAAUUCUCAUUUAUCAUUUGAUGUUUGUUGGUGGGUGUCGCCAGGUUAUCAGCGACCUGGCACUGGCGCACUUGUAAGGGCGGCCUUGUU